CGCGGCCGCCAUCACAUAGAACCAAUCAAAUUCAAUAUGUUCAAUAUAAAUCCUUGCGACUAUUUACAAUAUUAAGUUCAGUGACGUGCCAAUUAUUAUAUAAGUUUACGGUUUACACAAAAAAUGGUUAUUAGUAAAUCAUUAGACAUGCCGUUCAAUCUCCACGUAAAAGCAUUCAUAACUCUGACGUGUAAUUUAUUGGUCCUCAUUAUGUGCCACGACAUGGAAUCUGAAUCGUUUUAAAAGUUAAUAAUGACAAUAAGACGACAAUAAUUAAAGUUUAAUUAGAAGUAUAAUAGAAAUAACGAAAGAUGGCGAACACAGCACAUUUGAUGAGGAGACAGAGCUCGCGGGACCUGUACGCACAGCGCUCAAUAGAUAGGAUGGAGAUGAAAGAGCUGCGAGGUCGACUGGUGACGAUGGAGAAUGGGCACCCGUCUCACCGCACACACGUCAUGUACGGUGCCACUAACGAGGCUUUCGAGGACACCAGCCCCAACAGGCGGUCCUCAGAGACACCAACUAGCAAGGCCAGCUCCGUGGAAGACCGUGGUGGAGUGAAGCCCGAAGGUGGUGGAGUCGAGAGAGAGUCGUGGGACAGCAAGCUCACUUUUCUGUUAGCCACCGUGGGGUAUGCUGUGGGAUUAGGUAACGUUUGGAGGUUUCCAUACCUAGCACAAAAGAAUGGCGGGGGAGCAUUUUUGAUUCCAUACUUCGUGAUGUUAGCGAUUGAGGGGAUACCGAUAUUUUAUUUGGAGUUGGCGAUCGGGCAGCGUUUGCGGAAAGGAGCCAUAGGUGUGUGGCACCAGGUGUCUCCGUAUUUGGGUGGGAUCGGGAUCAGUUCAGCGGUGGUGUCGUUUAAUGUGGCGCUGUACUACAACUCUAUCAUUGCCUGGUGUCUAUUCUACUUCGCGCAAAGCUUCCAGGCAGAACUGCCGUGGGCCGAGUGCCCGAAGAAGUACUUCGCUAAUGGAUCAUAUACUGCUGAGCCUGAAUGUGCAGUCAGCAGUCCGACACAAUAUUUCUGGUACCGCACCACUCUACAAAUAUCAGAAGAUAUCAACUACCCUGAAACGUUCAACUAUAAAAUAGCACUAGCCCUCGUCAUAGCCUGGAUCCUAGUCUACAUGUGUAUGAUCAAAGGCAUCGCCUCCUCGGGCAAGGUCGUCUACGUCACAGCAACCUUCCCAUACAUCGUCCUCGUCAUAUUCUUCUUUAGAGGCAUCACUCUUAAAGGCAUGAGCGAUGGAUUAAUCCACCUAUUCACACCAAAGUGGCACAGAAUUUUAGACCCUGUUGUGUGGCUAGAAGCUGGCACACAAAUAUUCUUUUCGCUUGGCUUAGCCUUCGGGGGCUUAAUAGCGUUCUCAUCCUACAAUCCUGUUGAUAACAACUGUUACAGAGAUGCCAUUAUGGUCUCUAUGACUAAUUGCUUAACGUCGAUGUUUGCUGGCAUCGUGGUGUUUUCAAUCAUUGGGUUUAAGGCUACGAUGGUGUAUGAAAAGUGCUUAGACGUGAGGAAUGAGACCUUGCUGGAGGUAUUUGGACCCGCCUUUAGGUCUAUGGUGCUGCCUGAAGCUGGGCAGAUGGUAAAAGUAGACAUCAAUGGGAACCUUACGUCUCUGGUGAUGCCACAGCUACCGGAGUGUGACUUACAGAAGGAAUUGGACAAUACGGCUUCUGGCACCGGCCUUGCCUUCAUCAUCUUCACGGAAGCCAUCAACCAGUUCCCCGGAGCUCAGUUCUGGUCCGUCCUCUUCUUCCUGAUGCUGUUUACAUUAGGAAUAGACUCCCAAUUCGGGACCCUUGAAGGCGUAGUGACUUCUAUUGUGGACAUGAAGUUGUUCCCUAAUUUGAGAAAAGAGUAUUUAACAGGGGGCCUGUGUCUUCUCUGCUGUUUAUUGUCCAUGGGUUUCGCUCAUGGGUCCGGAAGCUACAUAUUCUUACUGUUUGACAUGUACAGCGGAAAUUUUCCAUUGCUGAUCAUCGCCUUCUUUGAGUGUGUCGGGAUUGCCUACGUCUAUGGGGUUAAAAGGUUUGCGGAUGACAUUCAGCUAAUGACAGGCACACGACCGGGGAUCUACUGGUUGAUAUGUUGGAAGUACCUGUCUCCUCUAGCGAUGCUGUCCAUCCUAAUAUCCUCGUUCGUGGAGCUUGCUACUGAAGGUUCUGGAUAUGACGCCUGGAUCAGGUCUGCCGGAGACACGGAGAGGAAGACUUGGCCUGUAUGGGCUGUUUUGCUCGUCCUUGUGUUGGUCCUGGCGUCCGUCUUGUGGAUACCUGUCGUUGCUAUUGCCAGAUACUUCGGCGUGCCCAUAAUAGACGACGAGGAACGCGCGUGGUUUCCCGCUGAGGAGUUACGGGACUUCCAUGGCAUUGAGCCAAGACCUGUCUCCACGACAGAAACUCUGUUGUUCUGCACAAGACCUGAUGGCUCCGAAGGUUGCUGCUGGCCUGGAUGCUGUGAUACCGACGAUGAGGAGUAGUUUCCGAUCAAAAUUAGCACAAGUAACUGUUUUCUCUGCCAUCUUAAUUUUGGAGAGUAUCACAGAAUAAGGUAUUUCGUUCGAAGUUGAUAGAAGUUGCAUCGAAACGUCGUCCGUGUGACAGCCUUUGUAUUGUUGGAAUAAUUGAUUUCCCGCGGUUUUAGUAGCAGUACCUACCUAAACUAAUAUGGCUGCUAUGACGAUAAGUUGCGCAAAGACAAUAAAAAAAAGAACGAAAAGUUAGUAAAAGAGAAAAUGUUAAGAGCAAAUUAUUUUUAUUUAUACAAUUUCACUAAGAUAUCGGGGAAUAUAUUUAUUACUUAAAACAAAAAUAAUAGAUGUGAAUUUAUACAUAGGUUAUACAUGAAUGGAUCGCUCAGUGAAUAUAAUACCUAGAUAUACAAUAAUAAGUAGUUUAACAUGAUUAUAACAUCGCUGACAUUUAGAAACAUUUUAUAAUAUAAUGUAUAGGUAACUAUGUACCAUUUUAUCUAAAUGUCAUCUUAUCGAAAUUAUAGACAAUAAAGAUAUCUUUUGGAAACAUAUCCAAAUUCACCUGUCCAUAUCUAGGAUUCAUAUCCAGCCGUUUAUAUCUACUGUUGAAUUUUUAUAUUACGCAUACCUAUAAUAGAAAUUUAGUGUUAGAAAAUAAAAAUUCGUUUUCGAAUAGCCUUUAUUAAAACGGCUAAAUGUUUUAGAAAUAAUUGACAAU